AUGAUUUCAAUUGAAAAAAACAAUUUUGGAAAGAUAAGUAUGAAUUAUGAAAGAUUCAAAGGUGAAGAACCUAGUACUUUAUUUCCAGCUAAGGCAAUGAAUUUUAAUGUUCAUUUUAAUUCAAAAAUUUUAAAUAAAGAAAUUAUUAAAGGAUUUGAAAAAUAUUUUUUAAACUCAUUUUAUGAAAUUGAAAAACAAGAUUGGAAAGAAGAUGGUAUUUUUACAUUUACAUUAAAAGAUCAAUUAUUAGUUCAUGAUAAAUUGGAUGGUUUAUUUUAUGCAGAUUAUAACAUUGAAAUUAAUUUAGAUAUUAAAGAAGGUAAAGAAAAAAAAGAAGAAAAAGAUAUUAAAAGUUGUUUAAAUUCUUUAGUUGUUCAAUGGAUGAUGUAUUGUGAUAGAUUUUGUCCUUUUAUUUUUGCAAUUCAGGUAAGAUCAAAAAUUAAAUCAAAUUUAUUUUCAAAUCUUGAUGAUAAAUUAUUUCCAUUCAAACCAGAACAUUUAUUACAACAUUUAGAUGAAGAUAUUGAUAAAAAAAGAGAAGAAGAAUAUAUGAAAACUCAUGGUAAACCUCCAGGAAGUAUUUAUUUAGAUGAAAAUUUCUUGCUUCAUUUUGAUUUAUGGAAUAAUAAAACUAUAGAUGAAGUCAGAGAAGUGUUUGAAUAUAUUAAAAAGGCUAAAGAAAAUGGAGAAGAUAAUUGGAGAGAUUGGAAUUCUGAAUUGGAUGCAUUACUUGAUGAUUAUUAUGAAAAACAUGCAUUAUCUAUCGUCUUAAAUCAAAAUACUAUAAGAUUAUAUAAUACAAUGACAUCGGAAUUAGAUUACGAUAUUUUAGAAUUUUUAAAUUAUUAA